GAAAGAAAAUGAAGGCACCACAAUUGGACUCAGCAUCACUCAAGACUCAUGUUACAAGUUUGCAAACACUAUUGGAACAGACAUUUGUAUCAUUGUGGGGGGACUAUGGCAAGGACCUGGAGCAGCUAGCUGUAUCCAUGAGUGAAUAUGCCCAAUUCCUUGACCUUUCAUCAAAGGCUCAACAGGUUCGUCAGUCUCUGCCUCAUCCAGUCAGACAACUGGCCGAAAAUGUCCAAGUCCUGCACUUCAAGGGAGGACCAAAACAAACAAUGUACUCUCUAAUUGAGGACCUUGUGAACACCAAGGACUUUUACGAGCCCAUCAUUUUUGAUGAAUGUCAACAUGCAGUGUCACCAUUCAAGAACAGAACAGAACGGCAACGCUUUCUUGAUGGAUUCAAUGCUGUGGGAGUGGCUGUUGACCAAAUAAGGUAUGAUCCUGGUGGCAAUGUUGGGGGGGUCUGCAUUUUUUGGAAAGUUCCAGCCAUAAGAGAGGAGGAGGAGUCAAUGACCAAGGCAGUCCAAAUAAUGAAAACAAUGGAAUCCAAGUUGCCAGUCUAUCAUACGCGAGCAAUGCGCAGGGACUUUAUCAAGGCCGUAUCGUCAGCAACAAACAUCUCAAUGCCGAAACAUGUUCUACGUCACAUCUAUGCUGAAUACUUAUCUGACGCAUCAGCUGACCAAAACCCGGCUGUUGAUGAACGAGUGAGACAGGCAAUCUUAGGUGAGGACCCUGAACUUGUCACUGACCUUCGUCAUCUAAAUAAAGGUCGUCCCCAAGACACCUUUGACACUUUCUUUGAUGCGCUGAACAUGGAACUUGAGCAGAUAACUGCAGCUGAUGAAAGACGCCAUGGGGUCGCCCACCUGUCCGAAUUCAUCUCUGUAAGGGAUCUGAUUGAAAGAGUAGCCAAGAAGUGUCCACCAAACACUCCGAUCCCCAGUGAGACCACUGUACUGUUUGCCUUUGUUCCCAAAAAUGCUUAUAGCAAUGUGGCAAAGCUGUACAAAAGUAAAGUACACAUGAAAUUUCAGGUUCAGACACGACAGCUACGGUCAUCACACCCAGACGACCAUUACUGCACAGCUCUCUUUAAGUACAUGCGUUCUUUUGCAGUCAAGCACAGGGAUUUAACAACGUUUCUCUGUGUAGAUGAUAAGUCCAAAAUAGAUUUUGGAGAACCAGGAUUAGCCAUGUCAUCUGGAGUGCGGGGGAAAAAGUCCUUGGUAGCUUCCAGUGGUCUGCUCGGAGCUCUCGACCAUGACCAGCUACAGAAAGGGUCAUUGACUCCAUCAGUGUACCUCAAUGUUGAGAUACCAGAGACGGUUGACGACUCCUUCUAUAGGGGUCAGGUCACUGUGCUCCUGAAGGACUCUGUAUUCCAGCCGAGCAGUGCCUUCAGGCACGCAACAGAGAUGAUGGGGCUUCUGGGAGAUGACAUGGACAAGGUGAAGCCCUUUUUGAUAAUUUAUUCUGACGGAGGGCCUGACCACAGGGUUACCUAUGAAGGUGUAAAACUUUCCCUGGCUGCUGUUUUCAGGGCGCUAGACUUAGACAUUCUUGUGGCUGGGCGCACAGCGCCGGGACACAGCUGGGCGAAUCCAGUGGAGCGAAUCAUGUCUGUUCUAAACCUUGCUUUCCAAAACGUUGCUCUGUCCAGACAGGAAUGCUCAGCAGAAGUUGAACAGGUGUUGAGAAGCUGUGGUGGGAUGCAAGAUAUUCGAAAGAAAGCCGAUAUGGUGGAGAGGCUCAGAGAUGAGUGGAGUGGAUCUGUCAAAUCUAUAAAAGAUUUACUGGAAGAGCGCAUCACUCGUGUUCAGCUGAAAGGAAGGCCAUUCACUACUCUUGAACCAGCAUCUGAUUUUGCAAUCCAUCAGACACAGGCUGAUAUUAUUGGCAAAAUUGAUGCUUCAAUAGAGAUUGGCAAGUACCACAAGAAAGACAUUGCAAAUAAAGAAAACUACAAAACCUUCAUGGCCAAACACAGUAGGGAGAGAAAUUACAUUCUGCAAUUUCGCAAAUGUGAUGAUCGUGCUUGUUGUAAGCCCAUGAGAAGCAGUGUUGAGGGAGGCCUACCAGCUUGGAUACCAGAUCCUCUACUUUCAGAAGAUGGAGCCCACUUUCAGUCUUUUGAUUCCUUGUUUGGACAAGAAACAUCUGAAAAAGACAUGCCAAGUGGAAGCAAGGAAACUCUGACAUCUGUUGCAGAAACACAACAGGGAUGCAAGAACAGUUUCCUUGUGGGACAGAAUGCGCGAGCUACAAUCCAGUGUUAUGAGUGUGGAAAACCACGUUGCAUCUAUGCCAAGAAGUCACUGACAGUUCGUGAUCAGCGGGCACUCCAGAGAAUGCUCUUCAAGCAUGACUACAGCUGUGGUUCCAUGUUGACUGUAGAAGGCAAGUUUCUGUCCAUUUAG